AUGGUGCAGUGCGAUACAUGUGAUGUGUGGCACCAUUUCGUGUGCGUGGGAGUUUCAGAGGAUAUUCAGGGCUGCAGUUGGAUCUGCUUGGAAUGCGCUACUGCGAAAGCAACCAAGGCAACGAAAUCCAUAUGGAAAACCUCCACACAGAAAUUGGCGGUGACGUUACGGAAGCGGAUAACUCGAGCAACAUCUACAAAGGGUACGAAGAAAGUGAUUCCUACGACGGAGUGGAAACAUGAUGUUUGUGAUACGGCGGCGAAUUGCGAGGAUAUAGUUGCAGCUGCUAGACGGAACGGAGAUGAUGCACAGAUCGAAGCUGAAGAGACACUGAUGCAAGAAGAGAUACGGCGCAAGCGGGAACUAGCUAAAAAUAAGUUCACUGUUCUAAAGGAGAUGGCCGAUUUGGAAGGCAGUGGCGAAUCAGUCAUUGAUCAGCAUAAUGGUCAUCACAAGGUGGAACAGUGGUUGAACCAUCGCAGCGAAACCAAUGUGAAAGAUAAGCGUUCGUCAUUCAAGAAAACCAGCAUGGAAAACUCCGGAAGUGAAGUGGAAACAGAAGACUCAAGCGAAGAAGAAACGUCUGGUACCGGGACAAAGGAUGAAGAAGAACUUUCAUCCAUCGGUGGUACCAAUUGCUACGGCAGUGAAGAAGCACAACCCUAUGGCGAACGAGCAGGGCGAAGACACCAAAGAGCGAAGAGUGAAACAGCCAAGAAAGUUGAACUAUGUGGUAGUAGACGACCAGUUACAGACCGGCAACACUCCCUGAGAAGCAGCAAAAGACUCUCGAAGGAUGAGCUUGCAGCACGACAGGUUGUACCUCGUGAGCUGCCCAAGUUCAGCGGUAAUCCGGAGGAAUGGCCAAUGUUCUUGUCCACGUAUGAAGAUACAACGGCUAUGUGUGGGUACACGGAAGCGGAGAACAUGAUCCGUUUGAGGAACUGUCUGAAGGGAGAUGCAUUUAACGCUGUUCGUAGUUUCUUGAUGCGGCCUGAAACGGUAGGCAGAGCAAUCAGUGCACUGAAACUACGCUUCGGUAGACCGGAAACGAUAAUUGAAUACCUGAAGGAGAAGAUUAUAUCGAUGCCGACUAUCAAGCCAGAUGCGAUGGACAAGCUGGUCGAUUAUGCUCUGGAGGUCCAGAAUCUCUGUGCCACGGUAAAAGCUUGCGGUGGAAAGGAGUAUAUGUGUGAUACGACACUCCUAAAAGAAUUUGUCCAGAAACUGCCACCUCAAAUAAAGCUGGAUUGGGCGCGGUACAAGAGAAACUUCCCAGAGGUAAAGUUGUCCACGUUCAGCCAGUGGAUAUACAGCUUGGCGGAAGAUGUCACCGUUGUUUUCGAGCCUCAGUGCCGCGGAGGCAAGAAUCAGGAGAUAAAAGGAAACCGAAAGGAGAAGUAUGUGAACACUCACGCAGAAGUUCUUUCCAAGGAUAGGACUCAGACUGUAUACCCAACCCAAGCAAGAUCGACGGUGGCCGGAGUGAGCGGAGGAAGCAAAGCAUGUCCCGCGUGCAAAGAAGAUUGCAAAUAUCUUGGAAAGUGCAAGCGAUUUCUUGAGCUUUCGUACGAAGCAAGGAGCGGCCCUUCGAGGCAGAACGAGGAACGCAACGUCAAUACACAUCAAACCGGUACGGGCUCGCUUCGCUACUUGCCAGUGACGUUGUUUGGAAACGGAAUACAGCUAAAAUGUCACGCUUUCCUGGACGAUGGAUCCGAACUGACUCUCAUCGACCAGCAACCAGCCGGGGCGCUGAGGCUGUCCGGAACCAUUCAUCCGCUCUGUCUGAAAUGGACGGGUGGUACUCUUCGCUACGAAUCCGAUUCACAGAGUGGCGGGCUUGUGGUCGCCGGAAGAGGAGGAGAGCGGCUGUUACUGCAAGAUGUGAGAACGGUGGAAGAGCUGCAAUUACCCUUCCAGUCUUUGGAUAUGACUCAACUCACUAAACCGCAUCGAUACCUGCAGGGACUUCCUGUGGAAUCAUACACGAACGUUCGUCCACGGAUACUGAUUGGAUUGAGGCACGCUAAUGUUAUGCUGGUGCGGAAAAGUCGUGAGGGCAAGAUUGGCGACCCAAUUGCUGUAAAAACCAAUCUCGGAUGGUCGGUGUACGGUGGCUGGGCCACGAAAAAUUCCUCGAGUACUAGUCACACCUAUCACAUUUGUACGUGUAGCGAAGAAAGCAUGACGCACUUAAACCAGACGGUCAAAGACUACUUUGCUAUCGACAGUCUGGUAGUCAAGCCCAACCAGCUUGAACGACUAUCUAAGGAUGACGAGCGAGCAAUGUUUUUGAUGGAAUCUCGGACACACUUCAAUGGAGAGCGGUACGAAACUGGCCUUUUAUGGCGCUCUGAUAGAAUUCGGCUACCGGAUAACAAGGCAGUCGCAAUCCGUCGGUGGAAAUGCCUGGAGAAACGCAUGGCGAAGGAUACGGAACUGGCGAACGUUUUGAACGAGAAAAUCGCGGAAUACAUUUCGAAAAACUACAUUCGCGAACUAACGCCAAAAGAACUGUCGGAGAAGCGUGAGCGAGUGUGGUAUCUACCGAUUUUCCCGGUAUACAACCCGAAUAAACCUGGAAAGGUACGUAUCGUUUGGGAUGCCGCCGCCACAGCUUACGGAACAUCACUGAAUUCGGCACUCCUUACUGGUCCCGACCAGUUGACGUCGUUAGUUGGCAUUCUGUAUCAGUUUCGUGAGCAUCGAGUAGGCGUGUGUGCUGACAUCCGGGAGAUGUUCCACCAGGUACGGAUAGUUCCGGAAGAUCAGCACUGUCAGCGGUUUCUGUGGCGCAGUAUCGUGGAACAUGGUGAACCUAGGACUUAUGUCAUGCAGGUAAUGACCUUUGGGGCGAGCUGUUCUCCUGCUAUAGCCCAGUUCGUGAAGAACAGCAACGCAGACAGAUACGUAGACGAAUAUCCGGAAGCAGUAGCGGUGAUCAAGAAACGACACUAUGUGGACGACAUGGUUUUGAGCGCCGAAACGGAGGAAGAAAUCGUCGAGCUAUCCCAAUCGGUACGUUAUAUCCACAUGCAGGGUGGAUUUGAAAUCCGCAACUGGGUCUCCAACUCAUCGCUGGUGCUGUCAAAAAUGAAUGCAGAGCAGUCAACAGAAAAGGAUUUGAAUAUAACUUCCGAGUUAGCGAGCCAGAAAAUCCUCGGUAUGUGGUGGGAUACGCAGGAUGAUGUGUUCAAGUACAAGAUCGGAUGGACGAGAUUUGAUUCAGCGCUUCUCGAUGGAAGUCGUUGUCCCACCAAACGGGAGAUCCUUAGGACACUGAUGACCAUCUACGAUCCUGUAGGGCUGAUUGAUCACUAUUUGGUUCUACUGAAAAUCCUGCUUCAGGAGGUGUGGCGUACUGGGAUUGAUUGGGAUGAAACUAUCCCUGAAAAUCUGUUCGAGAGGUGGCGUACGUGGAUUCGUCUUCUCCCGGAAUUGGAGAAACUACGGAUCCCAAGGUGUUACCGGCAAGUUGUAUUGUCGAUAGAAGAGGCUGCAGUAGAUAUGCACGUCUUCGUUGAUGCCAGCGAAAGUGCUAUGUCAGCCGUUGUGUUUCUGCGAUUUACGAAAGGUGACCAGCUGGAAUGUUCUCUGGUUGCGGCUAAGACUCGAGUAGCACCGAUGAAAUACACCUCAAUCCCACGGUUAGAGCUGCAAGCUGCAGUUCUGGGGUGUCGAUUGGCUACCAAUGUAACACGAAGCCUGACGAUGAACAUCUGUAAGCGUACAUUUUGGACAGACUCUCGAAAUGUGCUCUGUUGGCUGCGUGCCGACCACAAGCGAUACAGUGCUUUCGUCGGAUCAAGAAUCAGCGAAAUAUUGGAAUCGACAGACAUCCACGAUUGGAGAUGGGUUCCGACUCGAUCUAAUGUCGCUGAUGAUGGGACCAGAUGGCGAGAUCGACCUGAUCUAUCGUCGGAGAGCAGGUGGUUCAAGGGUCCAGAGUUUUUGAUGCAAGCAACAGAGAAGUGGCCCAGCCUUCCAGUAAAGAUCUCUACCGAGGAAGAGAUGAGACCCAGCGUAUUGUUCCACAUCAGUGCUUCCGAAUCGGUAAUCGAUGUCAGCAGGUUUUCAAGUUGGCGACGACUAUUGAUAGUGACCGGAUACGUGCUUCGUUUCUGCACGAACAUUCAACGAAGCUGUAGGAAAGUUCCCUUAAUUUCUGGACCACUUAUGCGGGAAGAGCUUCGCAGUGCGGAAGCACACCAUUAUCGGCAAGCCCAACGUGACAUAUACCAUGACGAGGUUGCAGUGUUGGUAGCUAAAGAAGCAACGGGAAAACAAAUUCCAAAGGCGAGUCCGCUCUACAAGCUGAGCCCAUUCGCGGACGACUCAGGAGUAUUGCGGAUGAAGGGUAGAACUGGCGUGUGUGCGUAUCUUCACAGCGACGCGAAGAAUCCUGUUAUUCUACCACCUAAGCAUCCAGUAACAUCGCUACUCUUGGCACACUAUCACGAAAAGUACCUCCACCGCAACUACGACAUCGCAGUUAACGAGGUUCGCCAAAAGUAUAGCAUUUUUCGCUUGAGACAAACACUUGCCACGAUCCGUAGAAACUGCCAGUGGUGCAAAAAUCGCGACGCUGUCCCUCAACCGCCGGAGAUGGCCGAUCUUCCAGUGGCCAGACUAUCCGCACACACGAGGCCGUUCGCACAUGUGGGGUCGAUUAUUUUGGUCCAAUAG